ACCCCCCUCUCUCUCUCUCUCACUCUCACAACACAUACUCAAAUCUGAAUGAAAAUAGUAAUAGUAGAGGUAUAGGAAUAAGCGCAGUGGGUGUCUGUCUGCAUUACCAACAACAAACACAAACACAGCUUCCACCUGCUCAUUCAAUCAUUGAUAUGCCAUUGCCCAUUGCCCCUACACCCACACCUUCUUCUUCUUCUUCACUCCAACAUUCUCCAUUUACACCUUCUCUCUCCAAUUCUCCCUAAACCCCUCUCUCUUUCACUUUCUUCUCAACCUCCUCCACCCAUGAAGCAAUUGCACAAACAACCCACAUCCUCCCGCAAGGACGAAGAAUCUCCCUUCUCCCACACCUCCUCCACCUACUCUCCCAAAUCCCUUAAACCAUCCCGAUCCCUUCCCAGAUCCCUCAAUUACAUCCUCAAGGAGCAGCGCCUUCUCUUCAUCCUCGUCGGCAUUUUGAUCGGCUCCACUUUCUUCAUCAUCCAGCCUUCCCUCUCCAUCCUCUCUCCAACCGAUCCCCGCCCCCCCCACAUUUCCGCUGCCAACCACCACCAAUCCUUGGAUACUUUUCCCCAUCAUACCUCCCCUGACACCCACAAUUUUCACAAUCAUUUUGGUAUAAAUAAUUAUAAUAGGUAUGCUAGUGGGGUGGGGAGAGUCCCCGUCGGUAUUGGGAGUAAAAGGAAGAGGAUCGUUGUUACCGGUGGUGCCGGCUUCGUCGGUAGUCAUUUGGUCGAUAAGUUGAUUGCCAGAGGGGAUGAUGUCAUUGUCAUUGAUAACUUUUUCACCGGGAGGAAGGAGAAUGUGAUGCAUUUGUUUGGGAAUUCGAGGUUCGAGUUGAUUAGACAUGAUGUUGUCGAGCCGAUUUUGUUGGAGGUGGAUCAGAUCUACCAUUUAGCUUGCCCGGCCUCGCCCGUGCAUUAUAAGUAUAAUCCUGUCAAGACUAUCAAGACAAAUGUGAUGGGAACACUUAAUAUGUUGGGCCUUGCAAAGAGAAUCGGCGCGAGGUUCCUUCUUACUAGUACAAGUGAGGUUUAUGGUGAUCCUCUUGAGCAUCCACAGAAGGAGACGUAUUGGGGACAUGUCAAUCCUAUUGGCGUACGGAGUUGCUAUGAUGAAGGCAAGCGAACUGCUGAAACCUUAACAAUGGAUUAUCAUCGAGGUGCUGGUGUUGAGGUUCGUAUUGCACGUAUUUUUAAUACAUAUGGGCCUCGUAUGUGUCUAGAUGAUGGGCGUGUGGUCAGCAACUUUGUUUCACAGGCCAUACGGAAACAGCCAAUGACAGUCUAUGGGGACGGCAAGCAAACACGUAGCUUCCAAUAUGUGUCUGACUUGGUUGAUGGAUUGGUGGCAUUGAUGGAGGGUGAGCAUGUUGGCCCGUUCAACUUGGGUAACCCGGGAGAAUUCAGUAUGAUAGAGCUUGCUGAGGUCGUCAAAGAAACCAUCGACCCUAGUGCCACGAUUGAAUUCAGACCCAACACUGCUGAUGAUCCUCACAAGAGGAAGCCAGAUAUUAGCAAAGCAAAAGAGCUUCUGAACUGGGAGCCAAAGAUUUCGUUACGGGAAGGGUUGCCUCUAAUGGUCAAUGAUUUCCGAAACCGCAUCUUGAAUGAAGAUGAAGGAAAAGAAGACAAAUGAGAAUACAGAGGAACUAGUGCACUAGAUCCAUGGAAUUCCGCUGGAUGUUAUUUUAGUUCAAUGGUGAAUUGCUGGUAAGCAGAAUAAGGUGCUUUAAAGAAAGAAGAGAAGUGAAGUAGAAAGUAAGGGCAGAUAAAAAGAAUGUAAAAGGAGGGGUAAAGAACUUGGAUUGUUGGAUGGAGAUGUAAAGCAAAAAGAAAGGGAAGAAAACAAGUGCGGAAAGUGAUGAAAAGCAUCUGAUUCUAUGGAUUUCUGAACUACAACCUUUCCUUCUCAUAGAGCAAAGGAACUUUGUGUCUCGUUCAUUCACACAAAGAAACCUACAGAUGAUAUUCAAUUAAAGAGGCAUAUGUUCCAAAAGCACCCCACCAGAGCUUCUAUCAACUUUUUUAUA